CUCCGCCGCGCCGCCGGACCUAGCGCCGGGCCGCCCGCGGGAGACUGCGCCCGCCGCGCCGAGGGCUCCCCGCUAUCUCCGUCCCGCUUCUCCCCGCUUAGGUGCCCCGCCGGCCGGCCCCGGAGCCCGCCGGUCCCCGGCCGAGGAUGCCGCCCGCCGCCGCUCGCUCCGGUUCAUCUGUUGCUGCCUGACCGCGCCGCCAGCCCGAUGGAUGCGGCCGCCCCCGCGCCCUGCCCGCCCGCAGCCGCCCCGCUGGCUACUGAGCCGGGAACAGCUCCGGAGCUCCGCGGCUGGUAAAAACCAAACCAAAACCAAAUCCGAACCAAAAAACACUCCCCCGCUUCGGCCCGAACUGGAGAGGCGGCCGAGGACCAUGCAGCGUGUUCCCCGGCUCGGCAGUCCCGGCGCGGCGCCGGGCGCAGCCGCCUCGUAGAGCCGCCGGACCCGGGGCUCCCCCGGACUCGGGGCUCCCCCCGCCAGGACCCGCGCAGCGAGCGGCUCCUCCUUCCCUUCUCCCCUCCAGCCGGGCAGGGAGCCCGCCUUCGCACUCCUCUCCCUCUCGAGAUUUUGGGUUUUUUGUUGUGUGUUUGGGUUUUUUUUUUUGGGGUGGAAACCGCCCGUAACUCCGGGGGGGGGCUGUGGGGUGGCAGCGGGGAGGCGACCAUGGAAGAAAAGCUCCAGGCGCAUCAGGUGGAGAUCGACCCGGAUUUCGAGCCGCAGAGCCGUCCCCGCUCCUGCACUUGGCCUCUCCCCCACCCCGACUUGGCGGCGGAGGAGGAAGAUGGGGGCGCGGGGGGAACCCCGGCGCUGGCGGCCGGCGGGGACGGAGCCGAGAACGCGGCGGCCCCGGUGGAGCGCAGAGUCGCCGCCGCUCCCCCGCCGCCCCCCGGCGCGGAUGUGGGGCAGCUCCGCAAGGCCAAGACCUCCCGGCGCAACGCCUGGGGCAACCUCUCCUACGCCGACCUCAUCACCAAAGCCAUCGAGAGCUCGCCGGAGAAGCGCCUCACCCUCUCCCAGAUCUACGACUGGAUGGUGCGAUACGUCCCCUACUUUAAGGAUAAAGGAGACAGCAACAGCUCCGCCGGCUGGAAGAACUCCAUCCGGCACAACCUGUCCCUGCACACCCGCUUCAUCCGCGUGCAGAACGAGGGCACCGGCAAGAGCUCCUGGUGGAUGCUGAACCCCGAGGGCGGCAAGACGGGCAAGACGCCGCGGCGGCGCGCGGUGUCCAUGGACAACAACAGCAAGUUCCUGCGCAUCAAGGGCAAGGCCAGCAAGAAGAAGCAGCUGCAGGUGACGCAGGAGCGCGGGGAGGACAGCCCGUCCUCCCAGCAAGCCAAGUGGUCGGAGAGCCCCGCGUCCCACGCCAGCGACGAGUACGACGCCUGGGCGGACUUCCGGACGCGGGCCAACUCCACGGCCAGCACGCUGAGCGGGCGCCUCUCGCCCAUCAUGGCCAACCACGAGCCGGACGAGCUGGAGGAGGACGAUGGUACCCCCUCGUCCCCGCUGAUGUACCCCAGCCCUUCCAGCACCAUGUCUCCUUCCCUCAGCGCCCGCUGCUCCGUGGAGCUGCCCCGGCUGACUGACCUGACCGGCACCAUCAGCCUGAACGAGAGCCUGGGGGAGAGCAUGCUGGAGGACCUGCAGGACGGCUACAGCAUGAGCCCCUCCCAGCAGCUCCCCCCGGCCGCCCUGCGGCAGCGGAGCUCCAGUUUCACCUUCAACUCCAAGUGCUCCAGCAUGGGGGCCGCCUCCAACACCUACUGCGGGACCAUCUACAGCCAGCCGGCCAUGAGCCUCAUGCGCCGCCUGCCCAUGCAGACCAUCCAGGAGAACAAGCAGGCCACCUUCUCGCCCGUCAGCUCCUACAGGAACGCCUCGCUGCAGGACCUGCUCUCCUCCAUCUCCUACGCGCACAAGGAGAGCAUGGUCCCGGGGGACCUGCCCCUGCCGCAGGCCAGCCCCAUGGUGCCGGCCCGUGGCCACAGACACAACCCGCUGCUGUGCGGGGGCGGGGAGCAGGGCUUGUCCUCCUACCCGCCCCACCCGGGCUCUCUCAUGAAGAGCAACGCGUUGUACCACCCGUCACCAGCCGGCCACCACCCUGCGGUCAACACCAGUGCCUUAGCCAAUCCUGUCAGCCUUAUGAGCCUGCCCAGUGACUCGUGCAGCAUGACGGCCAUGCCGCACCACGGGCACCUGCAUUCCUACGCUAAUAACCAAGGGGCACACAUGAGCUUGCUGGAUUCGCUGCAGGGCCCCUACCCGGGGGCCGUCCACCCCCCCGUGUUGGGCCAAGACAGGUUCCCAGCAGACCUGGACCUGGACAUGUUCAACGGGAGCCUGGAGUGCGACGUGGAGUCGAUCAUCCUGAAUGACUUUAUGGACAGCGACGAGAUGGACUUCAACUUCGACUCGGCCCUCCCGCCGCAGAACGGGCUCAACGUGCCCGCGCUGCCCGGGGGGCCGCAGCCCACGAACCAGAGCUGGGUGCCCGGGUGACGCCUGCCCCGGCGCGGGCUCGCCACCGGGAAGCCACGAGGGGAACAUUGAGACUAACUUUUUUUUUUCCUUUCUCUUCUGCCUUUGUUUGUUAAGAUAGGCGAGAGCCAUCAGUCUGAGCUUAAGGUCGAACACGAAAACACAAACCGGAGGGUCAAAUAUUGAGAUGGGGGAGGACCCCCAGCCCCACAUGUGCCCGGUCUGCAGGUCCUGCCAGCAUCCUCUGGAGGACACAGGGCAGGUGGGUGGGAGAGGCAGCCAGAGCCAGGCAGAUCCAGGGGGGUAGCAGGAAGGGAAAGCCUUUCCAGACGGUCCCAGUGCCCCACGGUAAUGGUGCCAGUUUGAUUUGCCCUUGGGCUGGGGGACAGAGUGGUGAUGGCUGGUGGUGUGGGACCCCCCCCAGCAUGGGCAUCACCCCUGGGAAAGAACUCUUCUCUGAGCCACCUUGGGAAAUGAGUCCUCUGGGUAGAACUGUCAGGGGUGGGGGCUGCCGCAGGGCAAGGGGGGGCUCAUGACCCCUCAGUCCUGGUGGAGAUGGGAGCUCUGCUGAGCCCACACCCCCAGGCCACCUCCGCUGAGGUGUCCUCGUGUGGCCCCAGCCAGGUUUCCUUACCGAGCAGUGAGAAGGGGGUGGUGAUGGUGUGCAGUCAGCAGCCCUGGGAGCAGCAUCUCAGCAGCCCCCGGGGCCUGAGGGUGCCCGGGGAAGGCUGCAGCCCCUGCCCGGAGCAGGCUGGGCUCCAGGGGGGUCCUGCUGGGAGUGAGGGUCCCCUGAGCUGCAGGCUCAGGGGCAGCUCGCAGGGGCGGGGAGGGGGGUGUAUUUAUUUGAUUUCAUGCACUCUUUUGCCAUUGAGUUUUUGCAUUGGAAGGAAGAACGGGUCGAGCUUAGGGAGAGGAGAGAAGGGCCAUGGGCAACGCUGGUGGCAGUGUCCCAUCACGUGGCUCAUCCUGGCUUGGCCAUGGGGGGUGUUGGACGUUGGGGUGAAAGCUGGGGGGCUGUGAUGUGGGCCAUCCUCGAGGAGGGGCUCUGUGUGUGUGAGGAGGGGAGGGGUGUGGUGGCCAGGCCUCUGGAUGCAGCGUGCGGUCCAUCCUGCUCAAAGCUUGGGUGACCCACAUUGCUCAGGGAGGUGCCACAGGGGCCCCAGCCAGGGCUGUGGGGCUCCUGGGGAGUCAGUGCCACCAUGCCUGUCCCAGUGUCUCACUGCCCACCCCUGGGGUGCCAGGAGAGCUGAUCCAGGAGCUGUCAGCAAGAGGGGUGCACCCGCCUGCCAGGGGCUGGGGCUCCAUGGGGGUGGGGACCACGAUUCACACGUGGUCCUGCUGUGUGUCAGGACCCCAAACUGACCCCAGUGCUCUGUGGGGCGGGAGAGGGCCAGGAACGUCCCGGCCAUUCUGCAUGGCUGCCAGGAGCUACAGGGUUUGAGGGGUUCAGGCUGGUGGCCAGCAGCAGCAACUGGUCUGGAGAUGAUGGAGGGGCUGGGAGGAGGUGGUGGGAGCUGCUGCUCUGUCCUGUGGGGUCUCUGCUCAGCUGUUCUUCCUCCUGGGCACCACAGCGGGGUUCCUCCUGGCUUGCAGCGGGGUCAGUGCACUGAACCAGCACAUUUUCCCAGCCCAGCUCUUCCCUUCCUGCCCCAGCCCCAGCUCCUCUGCCAGGAGCAGGCGCUGGGUCCCAGCCAGCCACAGGGACAGCGUGGCUGCCCCAAGUCAGGGCAGGGGGACCCGUGGGUGGCACCUCCUGCUCCUCUCCUGACCCACACAGCUGUGGCAGAGCGUGACAGAGGAGCCCCAUGAGCUCACCUUCACCCGGGGCACAUGGCAGGCACGGUCUCUAAAGACAUGCUUACAAGUUAAUUAAUUAUGUUUACAUUAUUUGAUCAUGUACAGAAUUUAAUAUAUUCUAUUAUAUAUAA